AUGUCGGAACAGCAGGAAGAACGGGCAAAGGAAGACGGGGUGGUGUCCGACGCAAACCAGCCGGCACAUCGUGACCCGGAGGAGGAGCAGAAAGCAGAAGCCGUCGUAGUCGACGUCAAGGCAGAUAGUCCAGCCGUUGAACCGCGUGACUCCGUCGACGAACCCGCAGCACCAGUACCAGCACCCCCGGAUGAUAAGGUGGCCGAGGAGGAGCAGUCGGAUCGGGUGGCAUCACCUGCCUCACCGAGUGCCGCUUCACCUCCGCAGUCACCAACCCACGAGCGUGAUGCGUGUGAGCCGAAGGUGGAGUCGAAAGAACCGGAUGGCGUUGGUGGCCACGCGGAGGAGCCGACGACGACGGUGGCGGCUCCCGGUGAACGUUCCAGAUCGACAUCACCAGCCACCGACGAAGGGGGGAAAGUCGAAGGGGCGACGACGGAGGAAGAGGAGGAAAGAGUAGCAGCCGCGAAGCAAGACUUGUCAGAGGAGCAAACAGCCGCGGCUGCAGUAGAAACGGGCGAAGCAGUCGCAGUAGCAGCGGUAGCAGCAGCAGUUGCCAUGGAAGCGGAUGACAUGGUGCACAGGGUGCCACAAGCCGGCGACGAUGCUGACCGGCACGGCAACAACAGCGACCAGGACGGCCCCAGCAGCAGCAGCGUGAUGGAGGUUUCCCCAGGUUUGGAAAAUGUUUCACCACGGCCCACGGCGGCACCAGUAGUCGCCCCGGUUGAGGAAGCAACCGCCGAGACGGAGGACUGCCUUGCCGUGCCGUCGAAGCCGAAGCCAAAGCCGGUUGCCGUGCCGUUACCGAAGGACGACAAGAAGACUGCGGCGGCGGGUGCACUGCUGGUGUCCAAGAUUCCGCUCGACACGGGCCGGUUGGAGGCCGACCUACAGUACGCCAAACGGCAGCUGGCCGACGUUCGCUCGAAGUACGACGUGACGCGCAAGGAACUGCACGCCACCAAGCGCAAACUGAAGCGCAUCACGGCGCGCAUGAACGGCCCGGGUGGCGGCGGAAGUGGCACGAGUGGAUCGGGUCCCGGCUCGGGUGGUAAUUCGCCACAGGGUGGCACCGGUGGCGGGGCCCCGGUGGGCAGUUCGUCCGAUGACGAUCGGAAUCGCAAGUGGCGCGAACCGAUGAUACUGUCGGCGAUGAAGAUUAAGGCCGCGAUGGGCAUCCAGGCGUACAAGUCGCUGAUCAAGGACGGGGAACUGUUGCUGCCCAGUCUGCGGACCAUCACGCGCUAUCUGGAAUCGCUCCGGAAAGCGUCCUCUUCCGGCGGUGGCCCGGGAGAGCAACUCGUUGGUGGUGCUGGUGGUGCUCCGAUGGCAGCGGCCAUCGGAUCUUGCGCAAUGGUGGUGGAUGACGACGACGGGGACGAUGACGACGAAGAGGAUGACGGGGGGCGCCGUGAUGACAGGCAGGUCGCAAAGCAGCAGCUGGUACGCGGUGCUGGUCCCAUCGGCCACAAAGGAGCCAAAGCGGGAGUGAACGGGAGUCGGCGCGUGGUGGACCACAACCGGAACGAGCAGCGACAGCGCACGGUGGCAGACCCGGCGUUGGAAUCGGAUGGCCUGUAUCAUCGGCCGCUUCACUAUCCGGAUGUACAGCAGGAAGUGGACCAGAUGUCGCGUCAAAUCAAGACCGAGCACGAUCCGGUCAGCUUUACCGCUUCGCCCGAUAUCAAUUACUACCAGCACAACGCGGAUGACGAUGAGGACGAUGACGAAGACGGCUGCCAGAAUCCGGCUUCGCUGCUGCAGGAUUACGGUGGUGCGACAACUGGGGACCACUACAACCAGCAGCAUCCAUCGAACCAGCAACAGCAGCAGCAGCAACAACAGCAGACCCUGUCCCAGACCCAGAUCGAGUUUCUCAAGUCGAUGGUGGGCUUCCGCAAGAAGUGGACACCGUACGAGCUGCGGAUGUGCAACGACGUCCGGCGGAUCAUCGGCAGCCGGGAGUACGAUUCGUUGCGCAAGAACGACGGCAUGCCGCUGCCGAGCGUGAAAACGUUGCGAAAGUACCGGCACGCAGCCCCGCUGGAGGAUGUGGACGCGAUCGGCCGGAAGCGCAAGCUCCACGAAGCGCUGGACGAUUCCUCCUGUCAGCCACAGAUCGCGACCCCAUACGGUGGUGGUGGUGCCGGUGACGACGGUGGACUGUUUUCGUAUGGGCGCUCCGCGAAACGACGGCUAAAGGCGGAACACGACCCGGACGGACAGUUUGACGCCCGGAUGCUGACGCUGGCGCAGAUCAAGUUCCUGCAGACGCUCUCGCUGAACACGAAGGGUUUCUCCGACUACGAACUGCAGCGGUCGCUGGAGUUGAAGAACGAGCUGGGCUGCAAGAACUACGAGCUGCUGCGGCAGCAGGAGUUCCUGAACAUUCCCACCCUGGCGAUGUUGACGCGCUACGAGCAGGACAAUGGGCUGGAGGAUCUGUCGCGGUACGCGGAGGCUGCCGCCGAGGAGGAUGAAGAACGGCACGACGAAGCGGAUGGUGGCGGUGGCGUAGGUGGUGACGGCGGUGGCGGUGGUGGCCCGUUACGGUUGGUCGUCGAUCGUCGUCAGGUGCAGGACCACCGGCAGCAGCAGCAGCAGCAGCAGGAAGUCGACGAGCAGCAAGCCCGGGAGCAACAGCAGCAGCUGGAGCUGUACAAUCGGCUGACGCAAGCGGAUCCCGCCCGGCAUCCGCUGUUCGACAGCAUCGCCGACGAUUCACCGCCCGGUGAGGGUGCCGGCGGCGGCGGUGGCGAUCACCCUGGCAACGUAACGGCAGCCGCCAUCGCGGCGGCCAUGGUUGCGGCGGCAGCCGGUCUUAAUCCGCUCGAUCUGAACGGGGGUUCCGGUGGCGGCACAGGGGACGACUCGUCGCUCAGCAUUUUCGAGCACCAUUCGAUCUUCGAUAAGGACACGCCCUCCUUCGACAUGACGAAGCUGUCGCCGGCGCACGUCGAGUUCCUGAACACCCUGCCCGAGAACCCGAAACGCUGGACGCAGGAGAUGAUCAACUCGGCGCUGGACAUCAAGAACGAGAUAGGUACGCGCGACUACGAGAUCCUGCGCCGGCAGGGUAUUCCGCUGCCGGCCGCCCGUACCCUGCGCCGCCACAAGGACAUUCGGAGCAAGGCGGACCGGGUCGGGGGUGAACCGGGCGAACUGUUGCCUCCACGGAGCGGUGGCACUACCCCGGCGCCCGCUGGCAUCGUUGGCAGUGGUUAG